AUGGGAGGUCUGUUAGGCGGGGGGCCACUGUAUGUGGGGUCGCAAGUGACGCGGCGUGACCUGAGCGUAGCAUCCUUGCUCAGGCACACACACGUUGAUAAGUUACAAAAGCAACCCGCAGACCAGGAAGUGGAGUGGCACCAGGUUAAUGGAACCACCAGGACUGGGUUCCACGCGGAAUUCUUGCCCAAGGAAGUGGGGACUCACACAGUGUUGGUGGAGUAUAAUGGCGCCGCUGUGCCUGGUACCCCUUUCAAGGCCAAGGCCUAUGACGCCAAACGGGUUCAUGUGAGCUCCAUCAACAAUGGCAAAAUCGGUCGAGCUGUUCACUUCACGGUUGAUGCAAAAUUAGCUGGAGAAGGGAAUUUGGAGAUCACAGUGAGUGCGAAUGGGCACAACAUUCCAACCCAGGUUAAUCCUCAAGGAAAUGCCAAGUUCAUGGUGUCCUUUGUUCCUCUGGAGUCUGCUGACCACAUUAUCAGUAUCUCCUUCAAUGGAGACCAUGUUUCAGGUUCUCCAUUUGUUGUGCACGUGAAAACCGACAAUUCAUCGAAUCCAAUUCAAACCCCUGGCAAAACAAAGCCAUCCUACUUCACUGUCUCCAACUUGACCCGGACUGUGGAAGACGUUGAAGUGAAUAUUCAAGGUGAUCCGCGGUCGAAACACUACUGAAAAAAAAAAAUUCCCGGCGAUUCAAAUCAUUACUGUUUUUUUUUCAAUUUAUUUGAUUGCCGAAUCCCGCAACUAAUUGCCAUUGUAUUCAGGACUGAAAGAGAGAGAGAGAGAGAAAAGGAAGGAAAAUCCGAUGAGCGGCCAUAUGUACUUUGUUAUUUAUGAUCCUCCCCAACUCAUCAUCGACUUUAUUUCUUUUUUGGUCCUCGAUGUUUCGGAUAACAAUAAAAAAAUGAAACAAAA